AUGGCAAAUCCAAUCACCCCUCAACCGACCCACCAUUCUGCCCGUAGUUUUCUUUCAUUGCUUCUUAUUCCAGUGCAAUAUUCAUUCUUCUCUCUCUUUUUCUCUCUCUCUCUCUUUUUCUUUUAUUCAUUUUCCUUUCUUUCGUCCUCUCUACUAUAUAGUUUCUGCUUCAUCUCUUCUUUCGAGCUUUCUUACCUUCGGCUUCUUAAUUCUUUUUUCUUUUCUCUUUCAUUUUCCCUUUUCUUUUUCGCUUCUUUCAGGUUCUUAAUUCUUCCUUUCUUUUUUUUUUUUUUGACUUCCUUAUUCUAUCCUUUUUCUUUUACCUUUAUCCUUUCUUCGUUCCCUCAUCCUUUCAACAUCUCUCAUUCUUUUUUUUUCCUUUCUGCCUUUCUUUCUUUUUUACAUCUGAUUGUUUCUCUCCCCUUCUGUUCACCAGUUCGCUAUUCAAAUUUCUUAGUUUUUUCUUUCUUUUUUAUCUUUAUCAUCUUUUUGUCUCUUCUUUUGUUUCCAUUGACUUCAAUAUCUCUUCCUUUUUUUUCGUACUUUCUGUCAUUCUCAUUUCGCGUUUGGUUUCUUUUCUUACCUUUCUGUCUUUCUUUUACGCUCAACCAUUCUCAUGAGAGUUCACCAAUUUUAUUCUUACUAUCUUUUCCCGUUCCGCCAUUGCUCCGUUCUUCACUCAACCUGCUUUUCAUUAAAGAACAAUUACUUUUGCCCUUCCUGCUAUGUAACAAAACGAUUUUAUAUGUCUUUUCUUUCCAAGCUUUCUCCGGCCAUUUAAGUCUCAUUUUCACUUUCAUUCUUCAACAAUGGAGUCGUCAUUUUUUCCCCUUUUUGCGGGAAGGGUUAUUUUGCUGUCGGCAGCCACACUUCGCUCCUAAUAAACAUAUUUCUUUCUUUCUUUCUUCUUUUCCUUCCUUCUUUCAUCUUUUCCAAUCUUCUUUAUCUUUUUUGAUAUUUUAUUCUACACUUUCGUCUUUCUUUCUCACUUUCUCUUUUUACCUUCUUUUCGCCUUCUUUCUUUCUUUCUUUCUUUCUUACUUUAUUCAUUCCAUCUUCUCAAGUCCUUCUCAUCUUCCUCUUCUUUGA